GCGCCUGCCCCGAAUAAAGGCGGCGCGCUUGGCGGAGGCUCUUAGCGUGCCGACGAGUCACUGUAGCCUCCGAGGAAGAGCCCCGAGACCGAGCCGCCCGCGAGCCCCGGACGCCCAGCCCGCCGGCAACAUGCCGAAGACGAUUAGUGUGCGAGUGACCACCAUGGAUGCUGAGCUGGAAUUUGCCAUUCAGCCCAAUACUACAGGGAAGCAGCUCUUUGACCAGGUUGUGAAAACAAUUGGCCUGCGAGAAGUUUGGUUCUUCGGACUCCAGUACCAGGACACCAAGGGCUUCUCAACAUGGUUGAAAUUAAAUAAAAAGGUGACAGCUCAGGAUGUGCGCAAAGAGAGCCCGUUGCUUUUCAAAUUCCGGGCCAAAUUCUACCCAGAGGAUGUUGCUGAGGAAUUGAUACAAGAUAUUACCCAGCGCCUGUUCUUCCUCCAAGUGAAGGAGGCCAUCCUAAAUGAUGACAUCUACUGUCCUCCAGAGACUGCCGUUCUCCUGGCUUCGUAUGCUGUCCAGUCCAAAUAUGGGGACUUCAAUAAGGAGAUUCAUAAGCCUGGCUAUCUAACUACUGACAAACUGCUUCCUCAAAGAGUUUUGGAACAGCACAAACUUAACAAGGAUCAGUGGGAAGAAAGAAUCCAGGUGUGGCAUGAGGAGCAUCGGGGGAUGCUCAGAGAAGAUGCCAUCUUAGAAUAUCUGAAAAUUGCACAAGAUCUGGAGAUGUACGGCGUGAACUACUUCAGUAUUAAGAAUAAGAAAGGCUCAGAACUCUGGUUGGGAGUGGAUGCUCUUGGACUCAACAUCUAUGAACAGAAUGACCGGUUAACACCCAAAAUUGGAUUCCCCUGGAGUGAGAUCAGAAACAUUUCCUUCAAUGAUAAGAAGUUUGUCAUCAAGCCCAUUGACAAGAAAGCCCCAGAUUUUGUCUUCUAUGCUCCCCGGUUAAGGAUUAACAAGCGCAUCCUGGCUCUGUGCAUGGGGAACCACGAGCUCUACAUGCGCAGGCGUAAGCCGGACACCAUCGAGGUGCAGCAGAUGAAGGCCCAGGCCCGAGAGGAAAAGCAUCAGAAGCAGAUGGAGAGGGCUUUGCUGGAGAAUGAGAAGAAGAAGAGGGAGAUGGCAGAGAAGGAGAAGGAAAAGAUUGAACGUGAGAAAGAAGAGCUGAUGGAGAAGCUCCGACAAAUUGAGGAGCAAACUAAGAAAGCUCAGCAAGAACUGGAGGAGCAGACUCACAGGGCCCUGGAGCUGGAGCAGGAAAGGAAGCGAGCUCAGGAGGAAGCGGAGAAGCUGGCCAGGGAGCGGCAGGAAGCAGAGGAGGCGAAGGAAGCCUUGCUGAAGGCCUCCAAUGAUCAGAAGAAGACCCAGGAACAGCUGACCACCGAGAUGUUGGAACUCACCACCAGGAUCUCCCAGCUGGAAACUGCUCAACAGAAAAAAGAGAGUGAGGCCCUGCUGUGGCAGCAGAAAGCCGAGCUGGUUCAGGAGGACUUGGAGAGGACCAAAGAGGAGCUGAAGUCAGUCACCAGCACUCCACACGUGCCCGAGCCCAUGCAGUCAGAGAACGAGCAUGACGAUGAGCAGGACGAGAAUGCUGCCGAGGCCAGUGCGGAGCUGCGGGCACACGCCUCGAUCAAGGACCGCAGUGAGGAGCAGCGCACCACUGAGGCAGAGAAGAACGAGCGGGUUCAGAAGCACUUGAAGGCUCUCACAUCUGAACUGGCCAACGCGCGCGACGAGACCAAGAAGACGGCCAACGACAUGAUCCACGCGGAGAACAUGCGGCAGGGCCGCGACAAGUACAAGACGCUCCGCCAGAUCCGGCAGGGCAACACCAAGCAGCGCAUCGACGAGUUUGAGUCCAUGUAGUCGUUCCAGCCCCUGCUGUACCUUCCCUCCCCCUCCCCCCCCUGGAAACGUGCGAUGCUGGAACCGCUGCGGGAGAGCGAAUGGGUCGGCCUCCUGCGCUGAUCGUCAGAAUAGGACCAAGCAGGAAGAAGACGCAAACGUCAGCUGUGCCUUGUUGCAGUUUUCUGGUGGCUGCGGCCUGCCCCUGUUUAGUAAGGGGGGAUGGGCUGGAGUAUCCUUUGCUUUUUAUUGCUUUUAAGAAAUGUAUUAGUGCUGCCGCUGCCCCCACCGAGCUUACGGUGGUGCCGAUGUCAAACCGAGGACCUCUCCCCGCCUCUGACCUCAGUUGCUGAGGUUUGGAGAGACGUGGCCAUGCUUGGUCCCAGCUGCUGUCCCUGCUGAAACGCCGGGGCCUCUGCUUUCAAAGAUAGGCUGGUUUUGAUACUCUGCUUGAGAAGAAAUCACUGUGGAGGAAAAAGAGCACAGAAGCAUGAUUGCAAAUGUGCCUUCUCCCCCCCUUCACGCCAAAGAGCAAAAUGUUCAGCAGACGCAAAUGUCUCUGGUGGUCUUAAAAAUUUCCAAGUGCUCCUUACCAAGGGUUUGAACAAAACUGGAUACUUCCCUUCUUCCCGUGUUCUGAGUAGAUUUGCUACAGAACUGUUGUCUUCCCCAAAAGGAAGAAGCUUGGCCACAGACCCCUUGCCAUCCAUUUUGCCAACCUAGUCAGGUGUUUCAGAGAGGUUUUGGGUCAGCCCUAAAUCUCAAGCGGUGAGCCACGGCUGCAAAACUACCCUCUAAGCUUUGGGGGGCAUCUCUCGAGUGUGCGUGUGCACACAGACGUACCUUACGGUGCCUUAAGGACGCUUCCAUUCCCUCUUCUAGCCGUGUAACAGUUUUAUGAACAGUUUUCUCGUUUCCUUAGUUCCAGUAAUAGAAAACCAAAAAAAAACCUUCCAAGGGGAUGUAUUUUGUGUGCUAAUCUCCAUGUUGCCAGCCAUUUCUACUGUUAGGAAGUUUAGGCUUGGUUUUCAAAAAGUGCCGUUUCUCUUGCUCUCUUGCUAGUAGAGGGCAGCCUGUCCUUGUUUCCAGACCACUUCCCUUGGAGUGCCUUAAGCUCUUUGGAUCUAGAAAAAAAACAGGCGGUUUUGCUUGUAGGACCAUUUAACUGUCUCCCUCAGUGGUUGAGCUGCUUGACUGUUUGCUAGCAACCUUUCUAAAUCGACUUUGCCGUGGAGUUCCUUGCCUGGGACUCUCCCCAUUAAUGGCGGAAGGGCCAGAGUUGAGGUCUGUGCCUUCCUCCUCCUCUCCCAAACGUCAUUCUAAAUGGCUUUCAUUCAAAGGCUGGCCCCAAGGUGCCCUUUCCUUAGCACUCUUUGGCUUCUUCAGAUCUUUUCCCAUCUGUUUGGCCUUUUUCUGCCUUCCCUCCUGCACACGCACCCACACCCACACCAGUUCCAGCUUGCAUUUAUCCAAAAAGUGUUACUCUGAAACAGCACCGUGGCUCCUAAGAGCAGAUGCUACUGGGCGUAAGGUGGCAAAAGUCAGCUCCACUAAGGGUGGUGAGAAGGCGUUGCAGGCUUUCCCGAGGGCUCCCAUGGUGGUUCCAGAGCACCACGCCAAGCCCUGAACCUUGGAGCCACGCUGCUCGCAGCAGCAGCAGUCCAGUAGCCCAGCCUUCCCAAAGACCACGCAAAAUGUGCUCUUCCUCUCUUCCUCCUCCAGAUUCAGCGUGCCUUUGAAAAGCGAUGGGUGAGAGGAUGUGGACAGUCCUCCCCUCCUCCUCCACCUCCCCCUGAAAACACACAAUGCCGUGGCUUCGAACCAUUUCCUAAAAAUUGCAGGGAGUGAUUUCCAUGCCCUGAAGCGUUUCUCUGAGCCACCAUUAAAACUUGUGGUGCCGACUUUGGUCCUGGGCCAUCUCCGUCCGGCCUGAGCUUGCCAGAGGCAUGCUUGGAUCUACUUUCUUUUCCCCUGCAAAACCCCCUCCAAGGUUGCUAUUCUUGGAUGCAGCUGAUGCCCUGCGUUGUCCCAGCCCCCCCCCCCCCCCGCUCUCUUGCGCUUGCUGGCCAUCGGGCGCUGCCGUGGUUCAGGCAGUCACUUCCCGAAUAGGAACGAGCCGCCCGGUGGCCGUGAGUUCACCUCCUCCGUAGUUGGUUCAGCUCUUCCCUGAUCUUAACCAGUAUUAUGUACUCCAGUGACAUCUAAUGGUAUUGAUUUCAUGCUCUUUUCUAGCUAUGCAUGAUUAGAAAAUAUUAAUCUCAGAAGUGUUGAGGGGGAAGGUAAAUAUGUUCUUCCUUCUUCAUAGAAAAUGUAUACUGUGUUGUAAAGAGAUGAUAUUUUGCAGGAAAUUAAUGUAAGAUGCAUUCAGUAUUACAAUGAGAUUUUUAGAAUUUUUUUUUUAUUAUUGGGUUAGAAAACAUGGAGGUUCUUUCUCCCUUUCCGCUCCCCCAUUUGUUUACUGCUAUGCCUGGGUAUGUACUAUCCUGAUGGGGGAGGGAGUUUACCCAAUUAAUCUUUUUCUUUUUUUGUCUGGCUUUAUAUUUGUGUUUUGGAAUUUUUGCUGUAAAUUAUGUCUUCAUUUUUGACCAUUCUUUUUACAUAUUAUGUCGAAGCACCAGCCUUCUCAGGGGAGGGGGCCUGCAAGGUAGCCUGUGUAGGGAAGCAGAGACCCCACGGACACCUGCUGUUUGGACACCUGCUGUCCAGAGGUGUUUUAUUAAAUCCACUCUCUGUUCUUUGUAUCAGUGCCAAUAAAGUUUAGACCAAGGGAGGUG